GAGCCGGUGGAAGUGCUGCUGGGGGAGCCGCGGUGCCCAGAGGCAGCGGAAAGAGGUGGGACCUGGAGGGGCGAGCCCGUGCCCUGCAGCGCAGACCCUUGGCUGCACCGCUCCCGGCUUCGUGUCUCCCCUCUCCCGGCGGCAGGGACCAGGGCUGAGCCGCCGCCGCGAAAGCAGCACCAUGUGAGCGGGACCUGUGCCGCGGCCGCAGCGGGCACGUCGAGGAUGUGAAGAGCCGCCCGCAUCCUGCACCGCCCGGCCGCCCGCCCCCCGCCACUGCCCAGCCGCCGACUCGUCGGUGCUCAGCGCUACCCGCGCCAGCAUGACCGAGGUGAAGGCCAAGGAGCCCACAGCGCCUCCGCCUGCCAGAGACGGGGCGGUCCUGCUGCAAGGACAGCCCGGCCGAGACCCCUUCCGUAGGGAAGCGGAACCCAUUGACAUCUCCCUGGACGGGCUGCUCUACCCCAAGAGCAGCGACGAGGAGGAGGACGAGGAGGAGGAGGAGGAGGAAGGGGAGGAGGAGGAAGAGCCGCGGCAGCAGCAGCUGGGACAGGAGGAGGGCCGGUACUCCUUCUCUUACCGACCGGGGAGCGGCUCCCUCUCGGACAAGGACUCUCUGGACACCGUCCUGGACACCUUUCUGGCUCCCACGGCUCAUGCCAGCUCCGCCGUGGCCGCGACGCCCUGGUCGUUCUUCGAGGUGGAGACAGCGGAGGCGCCCGACGGCCCGAUGAGCCGCGGCCCCUCGCAGAAGGCGAGCGAAGCGGCUCCAGAGGCGCCCGGUCCAUCGCAGCCCCCGCCGCGGCCCGCCCCGCUCUGGCCUCCCGGCGAUGCCCUGACUGCCACCAAGCUGCCGUCGGGGGGCGGCGCGGAGGGUCCCGCCGCAGCCCCCAAGGACGAUGCCCCGGGGCUUGUGGCGUUGCCUGGCGGGUCCCGGGAAGGGGACCCGGGGCAGGAAUACCUGCACGUGCCGCUUCUGCCCCUCAAUUCGGCCUUCCUGGCCUCCCGCACGCGGCAGCUGCUGGACGGGGCGGAGUACGAGGGCGGCGGGGUGCCGCGAUGCUCGCCCCCCGCCCCGGACCUGCCGGGGUACGGCUUCCCCACGGGGGAUGCCAAGGAAGGGUCCUUCGCCUACGGCGACUUCCAGCCCGUCCUGAAGAUCAAAGAGGAGGGUCUCGGCCUCGCCACCCGGUACCCGGCUGGCAGGGCCACCCCCGCGGCAGGCUGCUCCGACUACCCCUCGGCUCCGCGGGCCGGGCAGGAGUCCUCGCUGGAGUGCGUCCUCUACAAGGCGGAGCCCACCCUCCUGGCCAGCGCUUAUGGGCCGCCGGCUGCGCCCGACAGCCUCCCUUCCACCUCAGCCGCGCCGCCGGGGCUCUACCCGGCCCUGGGGCUCAACGGGCACCAGCCGCUGGGCUUCCCGGCCGCCGUGCUGAAGGAGGGCUUGCCCCAGCUGUGCCCCCCCUACCUCGGCUACGCGCGGCCAGAUACAGAAGCCAGCCAAAGUUCUCAGUACAGUUUUGAAUCACUACCCCAGAAGAUUUGUCUCAUCUGCGGUGAUGAGGCUUCUGGUUGCCACUAUGGAGUACUUACCUGUGGAAGCUGUAAAGUCUUCUUUAAAAGGGCAAUGGAAGGGCAGCACAACUAUUUGUGUGCUGGAAGAAAUGACUGCAUAGUUGAUAAAAUCCGUAGGAAGAACUGUCCAGCAUGUCGCUUGAGGAAGUGCUGUCAAGCUGGUAUGGUCCUGGGAGGUCGAAAAUUGAAAAAGUUUAACAAAAUUAAGGUUGUGAGAACGUUAGAUGUUGCACUCCAGCAGCCAGCAACCCUUCAAGAUGAAAGCCAGUCUUUAACCCAAAGGCUGUCCUUUUCUCCAAAUCAAGAAAUACAGUUUGUUCCCCCAAUGAUAAGUGUUUUACGAGGCAUUGAGCCAGAAGUUGUCUAUGCUGGUUAUGACAAUACAAAACCUGAAACACCAAGUUCCUUGCUGACCAGUCUAAACCAUCUUUGUGAGAGGCAACUUCUUUGUGUAGUCAAGUGGUCUAAAUUGCUACCAGGAUUUCGGAAUUUACAUAUUGAUGAUCAGAUAACCCUCAUCCAGUAUUCCUGGAUGAGUCUAAUGGUUUUUGCAAUGGGAUGGAGAUCAUACAAACACGUCAGUGGUCAGAUGUUAUAUUUUGCACCAGAUCUGAUUCUAAAUGAACAGAGGAUGAAAGAAUCAUCGUUCUAUUCCCUGUGUCUGUCGAUGUGGCAACUCCCACAGGAAUUUGUGAGACUUCAAGUUAGCCAAGAAGAGUUCCUAUGUAUGAAAGCACUGUUACUUCUCAACACAAUUCCUUUGGAAGGUCUAAGGAGUCAAAGCCAAUUUGAUGAGAUGAGAACGAGUUACAUUAGAGAACUGGUGAAGGCAAUUGGUUUGCGCCAGAAAGGUGUUGUGGCCAACUCACAACGUUUCUAUCAACUUACAAAACUGAUGGAUUCUAUGCAUGAUCUAGUGAAACAGCUCCAUCUCUUCUGUUUGAACACAUUUCUCCAGUCCCGUGCACUGAGUGUUGAAUUCCCCGAGAUGAUGUCAGAGGUGAUUGCUGCCCAGCUACCCAAGAUUCUAGCAGGGAUGGUGAAACCUCUUCUUUUUCACAAGAAGUGAAAAGUCUUCUCUUAUCAUAGAGGUGAUUUCUGGGUCAUUUUUUGUUUGUUUAUUUUGGUCAAGAUUUUGCAACAUCAGGACGUCAGUAUAUUUGUCAUACUUACCUUGCCUCCUGCUGUAUACUUGUAACAUACACAAGCCAUUUAAGCUUGUUGUAUAUAUUGUGGGUUUCUGAUUCCUUAACUGCAAAAAUCACAACAGUCAUAAGAAAUGUUUGGUAAACUUGGCUAGUCUGCUUUUUAGAUAUGCAUAUGGAUGACAGUGAAUAGACUUUCCGGAUUUCUAACAACAGUUAUACAUUUUUCUUACAUGUUGCACGCUCUUGAAUUUCUGAUAUGACAUGGUGCAAACUUUUUACUUUAGUACAUUGUGUGCUUGGGUACCUGUGGGUAUGUGCAUAACACAAUAUUUUUUAGGAAUUAAAAUAAAUAUUGCCCACAUUUUCUCAUGGAUAUUUAACUUUUUAUUAACUAAUUAGCCUCACAGAAACAGCCUUUCAAAGUCAGCCAUCCAGGAUUAAGCACACAUUACUGCAGUACCUUCAUGAGUAACUGAAGCUCUAGGCAUACACUAUAACACUAUAUAUUCAUAUUCUUGUCUAUGCUCAUGAUGCAUUGAAAUUCUGAGUCCAGCAUACUGUUUUCUACAGCGUUCAGUGCAGCUCUCCUUCAAAAAUCAGAAAUCUUAGGAAAAUUUCAGUGUAUAUUACACCAGAAGUAAUGUGUAUGCAAACCCACUAAGCUUUGGUUUGUGUUAUUUUCCUCAGAAGUCCAGCACUUAUUAAAGCUAAAUCACUUAGCUGUAAUCAUAAAUUCAUCAGCUAUAACAUUCUGUAUUUCAGAAGCUUUAAAUCGAGAUGUUUUCACUGACUACAGCUCUUAAUAAUCUUAAUGUUUUGAACUCCAGUGCUGAAUACUCAGAAGGCCAUUAGCAUCAAAUUAGAAUGAGACUAAAUGCAAAAAGAAAUGGAAAAGAUGACUGCAAAUAUUUUGAUACAACCAGACUCAUUUCAGUACUAUUUAGUGGAGCUAUGUAUUUUAUAUUUUAAAUGCAUGCCAUUAUAAUUGGGGUAACUGUAAAAGAGGAGUUGAACUAAAUUAGCUUUAUACAUUCAAGAGGAAUGAUGUUCUACCAUGGAAAUGAAUAUUUUACUGAAAAAUUACAACGUGGUGGUGUUUGUUCCCUUGAUAUGGAUAUGAAGCAACUCAUGCAUUUAAGGCACGUAAAUUGUAAAUUGUAGCCAUAUUCGAACAACAGAGAAACAGAUAAAGCUUAAGAAGAAUUUAUGAGUCUAUUAAAAUAUGAAAAAUUAUGCCAGUCACUGGAAAUGAUACUUAAAUGUAGGAAAUGGUGAGUUUUGGAUACUUGCUGGUUGUAGGCUUUUGCUUACCCAUUACAUGUUGGAUGCAUCAAUUGUGUGAGCAUGUACUGUUGGUGGUGUGUAGCUUGAUCUGUACAGACAUACCCUUGUCACAUGAACAGAGGCCCAUGGGACAUAAAUUCAGUAUCCCUGGUUAAACCAGGGUGCCCCUCAUUAGAAGUAUAUGAUGUUACUUGUUCAUAAAAAUUACCUCUUGAUUCUUGAAAAAAAUGUUGACAAUUGACAACUAAAGGUAUAUCUAAAGGUAUCCUAACUGGUCAUAAUUUCCAAAAGCCAAUGAAGAAGAAGCUACAUUACAACUGGGGAUAAAACAUUUUAUAUAUUUCCCACAUAGUAGUACAAAACCCACUAGAGUUGAUGUAAAGAUGUGGCCCUCAAUAAGUGGUAUAGGCAGACUUUUGUGUUAUUUGACUGGGUUUAUCAUUUCUGACUGCCUAGACAAGCAAUUUCUUUCAUAUUCAGUACAGUCUGACUUUUAACUGUGAUCCUUAAAGCAAUUAUGUUUUAAUAAAUGCCACAAAAUUCUUUGUUUCUAAAUACUGAAGUUUUGUUUUAUUUAUUUUAAUUUGUGUUUGCAUUCAGUAAUUGUGGAUCUCUGUAAAAAAAUCCAUUUCAACCAUUCCAAUUUUGUGUAACAACAUUUCCAUGCAUUCUUUUGGAAUUCAAGCAUUGCUACAUGAUUUACCAUUGAAUAAACAGACUGUCUACGUUACUGUUUAGAUUAAACUGUUAACAGAAACUUCCCACACUAAAAAUUACUCUUCAACACCCUAAUUCUGAAAUCAGAAGGUAGAACAGGCAGUAUGUUUCCCUUAGGAAUGCACAAAUCAGCCUACGCCUGCCUUUUACUUAAUCCCUAACUGACUGACAUGUCACCGUGUCCCAUAAAUAUGGCAGACUAGUCUGAAAUACACUAUACUUGUCUCAAAGGCAUAGUGAAAAAGGAAGAAAAUAUAUCUUUUGGGAAUAGAUAACAAAGAUUAAAAACAUUUUAAAAUUAUAUUUCUCAAAGGUCUCUAACUCAUGGAAAAAAUUCCCAGAAUUUCAUAGUCAUGCUAAAUGCACUAUACAAGAUAGAAUGAGUUUGGCUAAUUGUGGCUGCUAUAUUAAUUUGAAAGUCCUGUGUUCAUUAUGCGAUUAUCUGAAGUUCAAAAAAAACCUUUUAAUUUGAGAACUUCCAGAUUUGACCCCAGUUUAUAAAAUUGCCUUUAGUCUCCAUUUUGAUAUUGUGAUUUGCUCUGGGUUACACAGACACCAUGAGCAGUGAAAAACGACUUGGGGCUGCUAGUUGACAUGAACAUGAACAUGAACUAGCAGUGUGCCCAGGUGGAAAGAAGGCCAAUGGCAUCCUGGCCUGUACCAGCAAUAGUGUGGCCAGCAGGACCAGGGCAGUGAUUGUCCCCCUGUACUCGGCAGUGGUGAGGACACACCUCAAAUCCUGUGUUCAGUUUUGGGUCCCUCACUUCAAGAAAGACAUUGAGGUGCUGGAGUGUGUCCAGGGAAGGGCAAUGGAGCCAGUGAAGGGGCUGGAGCACAGGUCUUAAAAGGAGCACCUGAGGGAGCUGGGGCUGUUUAGACUGGAGUAAAAGGAGGCUGACAGGAGACUUCAUUGCUUUCUACAAUACCUGGAAGGGAAUUAUAGGAAGAUGGGGGUCAGCCUCUUCUCCCAGGCAACUAGUGACAGGAUGAGAGGAAAUGUCAUCAGGCUGCACCAGGGGAGAAUCAAGUUGGACAUCAGAGAGAAUUUCUUCACUAAAAGUGUGGUUAAGCAUUGGAAUGGGCUGCCCAGGGAAGUGGUGGAGUCACUGUCCCUGGAAGUGUUCCAAGAAAUGACUGGACAUGGCACUUGGUGGUGUGGUUUAGUUGACAAGGUGGAGAGCAGUCAAAGCUUGAACUCAAUGAACUUGGAGGUCUUUUCCAACCUUAAUGAUUCUGAUUCUAUGAUUCUACGAACACAGAUUGAAACAUCAGAUUGCUUUCUUCCCUAUAGAAAUCUUGUGUACUGUGACUUUUCAACACUGCAACAAUGUUCAGAGAGCAAUUAUCUCAUUGUUUUACCAAGUAUGAGGCUUAAUAGUUGUCUGUGUUUCUCUGCAUUAAUAUUUGUUUAAAGAUCAAAGCAUUUUUUGACCUGAGCUUUAUUAAGAGGCGUAAAUAAAACAUCUUGUAGUGCUUCUCAAUAUAUUGAACAAGGCAAAACCGCUGGAUCUUCUUAUGCCGCAUUUUGCACAAUUGAAAUAAGAGGUUUCAGCAGAUGGAAUUUUUUGUUUUCUGACAUUUAUGAUGUGCCUAAUUAUAUUUUAAAGGUAUGAAACCUGUAGUUCUAAUUAGAAUGCUUGCCAGCCAUCUUCUACAGGUUUUUGCCCAAGCUAUCACUAAAAGUUCUCCAUACACUAAAUAUGUAAGCAGUGCCUGACACUAAACUUCAGGUCUGUACAGUUGAGGUACUUUUGACCCAAGCCCUUCAGCAUUGCCUUCUGCUGAUACUUCAGUGAAGCAAAACAACCAAGUCAUCAGUUUUCUUUGAGCUCUGCUGUUGUGAUUCUGCUCUGUAGAGGCAUCACAUUUAUAGUUUUUAAGUACAGUUUAGGAGAUUGAAGUGCCUCGCCAUGGCAGCCCACCUAUGUUUGGAGAGCUGUGACAAUGCAGUGCAGAGAAGAGGAGACCUCCAGCCCCAGCAAGCUGCCCUCUUUGUCUAGAAGCUGCUUCGCAGUUGUGCUUGCUGUGGUACAAGAAACACAAAAGAUCAAACACUUGGCUCAUGUUUUCAACAAUCUCAGCUGAACAUACAGUUUUGACCAGCCUUUAGGGAAGGGGGGAUGUGGGUUCCUUAAUAGCUAGUCUAUGACAGAGGGAAAUGUCAUCUGAGAAACUUUCAGUAAAUUUCAUGGGGUUUUGGAAUGGCCUGGUUACAUGUAUGCAUAAUAAACAGAAGCUUAGGUAUUUUUGAACUGCAGCUGUUUCUUCAGCUGCACUACAGUUAUGAUUCUUGUGCUCUAUCUACAAUAGAGAAAAUGGGACUUAAAUUUGUAUUUUCUGAUCAGUCAAUGCCUUAUUAGUACCUUAGCUGGUGUCUUUUCUUUCUUUUCAAGGACAAUUAUGUGUCUAUUUCAAUUGUAAUUUUUGGGAAGAUAAACUGCUUUCCUGUGUUCUUGUCUACAUCCAAAUAUUUAUCUCAGUUUUCAGUAAUCUAUCAGUAGCAUGAAAAGUAGGGAUCCUGCAGCGAUCUUUCCUUCCCAUACUCUCCUACCUGCACAAACUUAAGGUUACUUUAGCUGCAGAGCAGGAGGGGAUGGGGCUGAUUCUACCCAUGCAGCACUGCAGCUCCAAGAUCACGUUUUUUCCCUUACAUGCUGUUUGUGGCACGCUGACCUUUCUUUCCUUCCAAGAAAUCAGCUUACAGCCACAGAGCUAAUAUACAAAGCCCUCCCAUCUUUCCAUGGCUCAUAAGCCUGUGUGCAUACUGCCAGGCUAGAUUGUCAGCAUUGCUGGAUUUAUUGGCUUGUACUGCUUUGUGUCAUGGUGACCUGGCUUGAACAGAAGGUUUGUUUUUAGUUCAGUUCUCUUUUUCCCCUUGGAAAAUGAAAAGGGAAAAAGGAAUAUUUUAGGUAUUUUUUUGCUGUAAAAUUUAUGGGGUUUUUUUCCAAUGAAUGUUAUUAAUUUAUUGGGUUGACAUUAUUUGCAUGGAGAAUAGUACUGUAGCUUCUCAGAUGCUUGGACAGAAACAUGAAGUAAAAGGUGACUGCAUAGAUAUUAAUAACUAAGUUAAAAUUUAGCUGCCUGUUUGCCUUAAAGAAAAAAUAAAUAAUCCUCAGAAAAUAGUCCUUCAGUGCUGUUGGAACUAAUUCAGCAGCUGCAUAACUUUAAGUACAUGAGCAGUGCCGCACCCUUGAUGUAUUUUUUUGCUCACAUUUAGGAAUUUUUUUCCUGAGUUGAGCCCACAGUGCUCUGUAUGAGGUAUUUAAAGCAAAUAAAGUAUAUAAAAAAGUAGUGAGCUUACAUUUAAUUCUAGAAUAUCCUUCAAAACUCGCAACAUUUCUGUUUCUUGCCAGUGUGGGGUGGGCUCAUUAUAAAAAUACCAUCAUGAGUCUUUUAGCCGUAGAUAAUUUUUUUUCUGACCAUGAAAAUUAAGUUACCUUUUCACCUCUGCAGGUACAAUAGUUCCACCAAUUAAGCAUUCAGGCAUAUCAGUGAGGAAGUUCUCACAGUGUCAUUUAAAUAGUCUCACUCUAUUGCAUUUUCCCACACUCAAUUUAAAUACCCACCCAGCCAGUUCAUUACUAAAAUCUCUUUUUGCUGUGUUGAGGGAAAAAAGAAAUACAUCAUUGUCAGGAAUUCAGAAUACUGCAUCAGUGAGCUUCACAGCUGCGUACUUUCAAAGAGGAGGCUAGAUUGGAUGAAAAACAGCUAGUGAGCACAAAAAGCGUCUUUGACAUCAAAUCAGAAAUAGCUGGGCAGACUAGUAGAGAUGCUUUUGUGUUUUACAGGUGAGAUUUAUAUGAAUAUCACCAUAAGUUGCUCAUUCCAUCUUGGAUGUACAAUUUUCACAUGUGCCUAUUUUUCUAGAUACUAAUAGAGCAAUGCUUUUACACUUCAUACCCUGUAUUGUUGGUUUAUGUCCAGCCUGAGACUCUAACCUGUGAUGUCUCCAGUUGAGAAUAAUGUUCUCAUCAUGGCACUGCUCAAAGAAACUGAUUUAUUCUGGCAAGACUGUUUUGAGCAUGAAUAUGGAAGCACAUUGAGCAAUAUGGAUCAUGAAUAAGGAAAGCACCAAACCAACAUAUGCAUGACAGUACGCAUCCAGAAAGGUGUGUAAGUGGCCUUAGAGUACUUGAAAAAGAAACACCCAGCGACCUGCAACCACUAUGCAGUUUUAAAAGUAAAUUUUUUUUCAAAGGAAUAUACAGCUACAUUAUUUAGUGCAUGAAUAAGACUCAUUUUAUACUAAAAUUAGAAGGAUCUCUAAUUAAUUUCCAAAAGAAAGGAAGCUCCAAGGAGUUACAUAAUAUUUGAAAACCAUAAAUCUGUGUAUUUUAUAAGUUCCUCCAAAUGGACGCAUCCAUUCAAAAGGCAUUUAACUACAAUUAUUGCCAACUUAUAGGAAAGGAAAAACCAACUCUAUGAAUAACAGCGUUUCAUGCACUAUUUUUUCUGACAAUAUAUGUCCUUUGUAUGAAUGCAUUUUUAAACGUAGCAUCAUAAUUCACUUUAUGCAUCAUCAUAAUACAAAAGCAGUUUGAGUGGAAUGAGUUUUCACGUGCACCUCAGAGUCAGUAAGGGUCACAGCCUUGGUGUUCAAGGAAGGAAUUGAAACAUUGGGCUAGCAGGUGGCAGACUGUUACAUGUAGGAAUCUUCCUUUUGUUAGAAAUAUUUGGAGUUGUUGUGUCUGAAAUAGGGACAAAGAUGUCUGUAGUGCAAUUAAUAGGUCACUGAUACGUAAAAUGUGGAUUUUGCUGGUCCACAUAAGCAUAUUCUAUUAUAGACAAAGUACAAGACACUUGACAAAAAUUAUACAAUGUUAAAUAGAAAAAAAUGUGACAUAAUACCAUCAGGACAGACUCCCAGCCUGACUGUGGGCCAUUAACACACAAUGGAUGAGAAUAUUGUCUUUUGGGACUGUCAUCACUGCACAUCAAGCGUUGGUCACCUGACGAUGACAAGGCUUUUCGCUUAAAAAUUCAGAAGUUUUGUAAUCCAAAGCAGAGCUUACAAUAGAGUCAUGCUGUGAGUUGGCCAGUUCACUUCUUAACAAUAAUUUCACAGGAUCACGCACCCAAUUGCUAUUAGAUGUGGUUCAUAGUGAUGGCUACAGCCAGCUUAGAUUUUACUGGGAGACAGAAACUGCUCCCCUUUCUCAAGCUUCAAAAUACAGCUUCAUGUGUCUGUUUGGCUGCCCACAACCAAAAGGUUGCACAAAUGAUUAAAACACAACAUUUAAAAAAAAAUAAAAAUCCAAACAUCUGAAAUUCUGAAAAAAUUACUUCACGAAGAUUUUCAUUUAAAGUAUCCUUAAAGCCUUCCCUGAAGACAGCUAUUAAUGUUAAGAAAAACUACAUGAUAGAGAAAAGCACAACCUAAGGUUGGGCACUCUAGUAUGCAUGACAUGUUACAGUUUCUGAAUUUCACACAACCUCUAAAUCCCAGUUCCCAUAUUUGUAAAACAUUUAUUCUCCCCUCCUUCCCAUGCCUUCAACACACUUUCUUUCCCAAUGAGUUACUGGGAUAUGUAAUGCAUUAACACUUUGCAGAGACUUUGUAAUCCUAAAUGGAAAAAAUAUGUAGAAAGCCAAAUAAUCCUUAAGUUUGAGAUAUGUUUGGACUGAUGCUCAUAUUUCUCUGUAUUUAACAUUCAGGAUCAUGAUGGAUAUAAUUUACAAUUUGCUGCCAUUGUUUUUAUUUUUGGAAAAAAAAGGGGCUUGUAUAAGAUUUCUGUAUUUUCCUCUUGUGAAGAGAAGCUUUCAUCUAUAUAUUUGUACACCUGAAAUAAUAGCUUUCAAGUAUUUUUGUAAAAGUGUUGUCUAGCUAGGUUGUGUCAUGUCCAAUAAACUGGGGAUAUGCUUA